AUGUCAAAUCUAAAGAAAAGAUCUCUUCUACAUAGAUGUUUAAGUAAUCCCGUUUCUCAAGAUGAAUUAAAUACAGCGAAUACAGUAACAACACCCUCCAUCAUUAUUAAUGAUAUAGAAGAUUGUGAGCAUAUUUGGAUGACAAAUAUGAAAGAAAGUAGUAUAAGUUCUGAAGACAGCUCUGAGUCUAUUGCCUAUCAUAUAAGAGAAAGACAAAUAACAACUCUGCUACCAUGGAGCAAAGAGGAGAUUGUUUUGGCACUAUCUAAUCUUCCAGCAGGAGAACAUGCACUUUCUGUUAUUCCCACUCUUCAUGGUGACACUUUGCAUAAAGUCCUAAAUGAAUUUUUAAAUACCGAUUAUAACGAUGAAACGAGAUUGAACAUUGAGAAAAGUUUUACACCUUCAUUUGUAAAUGGAUGCUCACAAAAUGCAUUAACCAUUGAAAAUGAAGCAGCAGCAAAUGCAACUAUUUUACAGCUUUUUAUGAGAUGGCCAAAUACUUGUCUUCUAAUUGCUUGCUAUAUGGGCCAUGUAGAAAUAGUAAAAGCUUUAUUGAACAAAAAUGCAAGAGUUACAGCAAGGGAUAGCGACGGCAGGACACCAUUACAUUUGGCCGCUUGUGCGGCCUCGGUAAAAAUUUUAGAAGAGUUAUUAAAGCACGGUGCAAAUCCAUGCGAGUGGGACUUUAAUAAAAAAUGUACACCAUUGCAUUGUGCUGCUGCUAGAGGAAACAUCGCUUGUGUUAAAUGCUUAAUAAAGUCACAAGCGGAUGUAAAUGCUGGAUUGUUUGGCAAAAGCCCUUUGUACUAUGCUGUUUUAAGUAAUGCAGACGACUGUGUUGAAGCUUUACUGCAAGUAGGUGCCUGUCCUAAUAAUCCACAGGUUUAUACGGAAACACCAUUGCAUGUAGCAGCGGGUUUAGGUUCGGUUACAUGUACAAAAUUAUUAUUAAAUUAUGGGGCAGAUGUAAGAGUUCAAUUUGGUUCGACGAGGUCGACUCCGUUACAUUUAGCAGCAGAGGAAGGCAGCAUAGAAUGCACAAAAUUAUUGUUAGACGCUGGUGCCGCAUGCGAGUCAAAAAAUGCAAGAGGUCAAACACCCCUACACCUGGCAGCCUUGUCUCAAUCUGCAGAAACUUUAGAUAUACUCAUAAAAUAUGGUGCUAAAGUGAACAUAGAGGAUAAUGACGGCCGUACCCCAUUGCAUGCUGCAGUUGCAAAAGCUACUAGAGGAAUAGAACUGGUCAAGAUUUUAAUACAGGUUGGUGCUUUGAUUAACAAAGCAGACAAAUAUGGCUAUACACCCUUGCACAUUGCGGCGUUGAACGAAAGUUCAUCAACAGUGAUGAUGUUAUUAUCAAAUGGAGCAGAUGUUACUGCUAGAACAAAAGGUGGAAUUUCUGCAUUAAGUUUUAUUGUGCGCAGAACACCGGAUAUAUUACCGCGAUUCAUUUCACGUUUAGACCAAGCUAUAUCUUUACAUGACCACGAAUUGGGUGAUGUUGAUUGUGAAUUAAGAUUGGACUUUAGGUCAUUGGUGCCUGGUGGCAGGGGAGAGACAGAUUUAAUGCUGUGCCUUGUGGAAGUCGGGCAAAGACAUGUAUUGAAACAUCCUUUGUGCGAGAGUUUUCUCUAUUUGAAGUGGUUAAGGAUUCGUAAAUUUUUUUUACUAAGUUUGAUAUUUCAUUCCAUUUUUGUUGCAUUUUUUACAGCAUACAUUGCAGUCACAUACUUUUGGAACAUUGAGAAACUUAACAAAAUACUUUUCUGGCCGGUAUUGAUAUUUACUAUAACGCUCGCGAGCAAAGAAUUUUUCCAAAUAGCACAUGGUAUAUGGUGUUAUAUCAAAAGAUGGGAAAAUUGGCUUCAAUGGAGCGUUAUUUUAAUAUCGGGUAUAGUAUUAAUUAUGCCAACCCGUGAUUGGCAACAUCAUGUAGCUGCUUUAGGUAUUUUACUAAUUUGGAUAGAAUUAAUGAUGGUGGUUGGGAGAUUUCCAAUGUUCGGCCUUUACAUACAAAUGUUUACUCAAGUGUCAAUUAAUUUUUUCAAAUUUCUUGGUGCUUAUAUAUGCCUCAUAAUAGGUUUCUCUUUAGGAUUUAGUGUAUUACAUAAGAAUUAUAAAUCAUUUACUAAUCCUUUGGUUGGUUUGUUGAAAACAAUUGUAAUGCUGUCUGGUGAAUUAGAAUUUGAAGAUGUAUUUUUUGAUGACGAUGCACCAGUAUUAUAUUCUGGUACAGCUCACUUAAUGCUUUUAAGUUUUGUUAUCUUGGUUACAGUAAUUCUGACAAAUUUAAUGAUGGGCCUUGCUGUAUCAGAUAUACAAGAACUCAGAAGAUGUGCGGGAUUAGACAGAUUAGUACGCAGAGCAGAACUAGUAGCACACUUAGAGAGUAUGUUAUUUUCUAAACUUUUGGACCAUGCUCCAAAAAGAUUAAUGAAAACAUGCAGGCAUGGAGCACUUCUCUUACAUCCACCACAUCAUUGUGCUAUUCAUAUACGGCCUAACGAUCCCCGUGAAAAUCGUUUACCGCGGGAAUUGAUAAAAGCUAUUUAUCGCUUAGUAACCGAAAAAAGAAAUCGAAAUACAACCAUAAAAACUACAUCCAGACAUAGUACGAAUAAUACCGAAGCCAGGAAUUCUAAAUUAAGUAGACUUUGUAGUACAACAUCUACGAAUGAUAAUAAUCAACAGCAACUGAGUGAAUUAGUUGUUGAAUUACAAAGAUAUUCAUAUAAUAUUGGUGCACGUCUAGAUAAUUUAACUAACAAAAUAGAAAGCCUUAUUACAGAUUACAGUAAUUGA